CCUGUAGUGAUCAUAUCCCCGGCUUGGCAAACUUCGACAACAUGCAGCGUGGACCUUUCCUGGGGAACCUGAUUGAACGGGAUCACGGGACUGGUCGUUUACUUGCAGCAGACUGGACUAGCUCCCUGCAUCACCAAUCAACUGCAUAAAUGUGCGCAGGACAAGUUGCCUGUUUGCAGACUGCGCCUCUGCCACAUGGUGUGGCAGGCAGACAGACACAAAACAUGUCUCUACGAAGAAGUCAGCCAGCUCAUCAAAUUGAUGUUCAAAACGUCCCGCCCGCGAUUCUCUUUGUUGAAGACUAAUUCACUCCUGUGACUGACGACCGUCGACAGACCAGCAUGGCCGGAUCGUGGACUUACAACACGCCUCCCAGCGCGCCCUCGGAUGGGCCCAUGAUCGCUGGGCUCGCAUUAGCUUUCACGGCGCUGUCUCUUGUCGUCCUUCUGCUGCGGAUAUAUGUCCGUACAGUCUUCGUGAAGGCCAGGGGAGCAGAAACGAAAUGGGGUCUCGGUCUGUUGGAACUGGACGAUCUGCCGGAUGAGAACAACUACUACUUUGGUCUCUGGCAAUUUGUUGGCGCGCCAUUCUACAUUACAAGCAUUCUAUGCUUCAAGCUCAGUCUUCUACUGACUUAUCUGCGCGUCGUUCCAGCGGGCGUGUACAGCUGGGGUAUUACCGUCGUCAUUGGACUCUGCUUUGCGUAUCACGUCUGCUUCCUGAUUGUCCAGAUUAAUCUCUGUACCCCUGUCGCUUUUCAAUGGGAUCGGUCACUAUCGGGCAAUUGCGUUGAGACCGUCCCCUUCUAUCUCAGCAUGGCCUCUCUCACCAUCACCUUUGGCAUCGUGGUUAUGCUCCUCCCAGUCCCCGUCCUGCUCAAGGCGCAGAUACAGCUGCGGAAAAAGCUCGUCCUCCUAAUUCUUCUCGGCCUUGGCAUCUUCAUCACUGUCAUCCAAAUCUUCCGCAUCCAGACCGUCGUCCGUCUCGCCAAAUACCUCGACUCGGCGCCCCUGAUCAUGUGGUCGACCAUUGAGAACAAUCUCGGUGUCAUUGUCGUCUGCGUGCCGACCUUCGCGCCCUUCAUCAAGUACUUUGACGAAAAGGUCCGGUCCAACCGCGACACGUCCAAUGUCACCGGCCAAAAGUACGCGACGGGUAGUAGAAGCCACCAAGUUUCAAACUUCUCGGAACAGCAGCACCAACAAGCGAGCUAUGCGUUGCAGAACUGGGGAGGCAAAACAAAUGGCAUCAUAGCCCUCGGCCACGGGGUCGGUCACCACGUCUCCGGAGACAAAGACGACACCGCAAGCACCGAGUGUAUUUUGGAGGGCUCGGGUGGGGUAGUCAAAAAGAUAGAGAUGACCAUUACCGAGACCAAGAUCUCAGGGAGCGACAGAGAUUCGGAUGACUUGGCAAGGUAG